AUGUCUGCCAUCAAGCAGCGCAAGAUCGCUUGCCAGUGCUUGGGAUGCCGGGGCGACCCCCCGACGCGAUGUCUGUACGAGGGCCAUGGCACUGAGCUGAGCAGAAGCGCCGGCAGCGCUCGGGAGGCCACAGCGGUCGCCCCUUGGUUCGAGGCGACUCCGCUUCGCCAGGGCGAGCAGGACACCAUCGCGGGCCAGGGCGAGCACCACGCCAUCGCGAGCCAGGGCGAGCACCACGCCAUCACGGGCCAGGGCGAGCAGAGCACCAUCGCGGGCCAGGGCGAGCACCACGCCAUCACGGGCCAGGGCGAGCAGAGCACCAUCGCGGGCCAGGGCGAGCACCAAGCCAUCACGGGCCAGGGCGAGCAGCCGCCGCUCAUCGACGAGCCCAUGCACGCGGCGUUUGCCCGUCGUCACCGGCCCGGCCAUCACGGUGGCAGGCGCCCGCACGGCCGCAACCACUGCCGAGGCAAGCGUCGUGGCCGUCGCCCUCGUGCCGGCCGUCGCCAUCGCAGUCGCAACCGUCGGCGAGCUCCUCGCCACCCCCGCCAGCACAUCUCACGCCGACCUCGACGCACGCGACCCCUGCGAGAGGCUAUCAAGUCUGUCAAAGGCUCCGUCCGCAAUUGCCUCGGGUGGCGGCCGGAGCUGCGGGCCCGCCUCGAGGAGCUAUUCGUUCGGGUCAACGAGGUGGACCGGUACGUCCGGCUUUUCCUCAAGUAUGCCUGCGUGCGGAUCCUCAGCGACACGCCGGCAUAUGACCUCAGCCCGCUGCACGACCCCCAGGUCAUCAUGAACGUGUGGAAGGCGUUGACGCUCGACGCUCGAGGCGGCUUGAGAGACUGCGAGCCACUCUGGCUGUCGCAACACCUCGCGGCCUUCCUCGAGCUCACCGGCUACCGUCGCCGCGCGUUCGCAAAUGUGGACGAGAUCGCCGGAUACCAGGCCACCAAGAUUGUCACCAACCACACCAACACCAUCCGCGCCAAUUUCGGCAAGCGACUGCGGCGGCUUUUGAUGCUGUCGUCGGACAUCACGGCCUUCGAACACGACCGUGAGGUCCUCUCCUCGUUCAAGCGGUCCGUGGCGAGGGGGACCCCGACCGCUUCGGCGGACCCUCGCCUCCACCGCUGCCGAGAGGCGGCACAGCGGGUCCUUGCUGGCUACCCAGCCGGCUGGGCCUUUCAGCGCGAAUCGAUCUACUACGAUGUGGUGGCGAGGCCAGGUGGCCACAUCGCCGCCUUCCACCAACUCGGCCUUGCUCUCGAUGCGGCGGAACGCCACCCGGUCGACCGCAAGGCUCGACAAAAGAUGCAGCGGCGGCUCGAGGCGGCCCAGCGCCGGGCGGCAGCGAACCCGGAUGCCGUCGUCCAGACGCCCGAGCCGAGGAGCCCAUCCUACUACCCUCUCGCCGACGGCUGGAUCCCGCGGCACAUCCGUAUCGACACCAGGAUUGCGUGGAACCACAUUCUGGCCAAGGCAAAGAACCCUCCCGCGCGAGGAGACGUCCUCGACGUGUGGGACGAGAUAGUCGAUCUGUCGCGGCCCAUCUUUCGGCAUCACGGGCAGAUUGACCCAGACGUCACCACCCUCCACGACGGCAUCCUCACCUUUGAGGGGUCUAUCGAGACCGAUGCCGUCGCCGCCACUGUUCAGAUGCAGAAUUACUCGGGCCGGAGCCUGCAGAGGACCACCCGACACGGCGGCGAUCUUGGCGAUGGGGCCAUCGAUUUGGAAGAGCCGUACAUCGACUCUCUGCUGCCGGAGGACCUCGACAGCGUCUUGCUGAUGGAUCCGGGCGAGAAGGCAAUAGUCUCGGGCAUGUUGUUUACCUCGACUGCCGAGGAGCCCCAAACCAUCGCGUACACCAAGGCCCAGCGAGCCCGUGACAUGCGGUCUCGACGCUAUGCCGCCAUCCGCGAGGCAGUCAAGACGAGGGCGGUUCGAGAAGCCGAGGCGGAUCUGUCCAUGGGCAAUGCGAGGACGCUCGACCUGGCGCAGUUCGAGGAGCAUCUCCGCCGCUAUGGCCGGCACGAGCAGGUGCUGGCCGCACACUACUCGACAACGCUGACCCGAGGAUCCGGCGAUCCUCUUCACCGGAAGUUCCGCCUCGCUGGCUACAUCCGGGGCGAACGCUCGUACCGCGCACUUGCCGAGCGCAUCAAGCACAAAUUUGGCCGGGACAUCAAGGUCGUCGUCGGCAACUGGAGCGUCGGAGCUGGCCGGACGCCCUCAAGGGGCAAGGACUUCCGGGCCGCCAUGCGACGAAACGGCCUGCCGGUAUACCUCAUUGACGAGUGGGGCACGUCUGUCUGCUGCCCGACGUGUCACGGCCGAACGCUCUCUUCUUACGAGCCGCCUUCGGCACCAGGCCGAGCCCGGACCGGCAAGGUCUGGCGGUUGCAGCGGUGCAGCCGCUGCCGCGUGCAGGUCGACGGCCAGGACGACUGCCAGCGCAUCUGGCAGAGAGACACUGCUGCCCUCAUCAACAUGGCCAGCAUCCUCUUUGCCUCGGCGCAUGGUCAGCCGCGCCCUCGCCACCUUUGCAGAGCUGACGACGACAGCGACAGCGACGGCGACAGCGACGGCGACGACAACAACAACAACAACAACAACAACAACAACAACAACAACAACAACAACAACGACGACAACAACGACAACAACGGCGGCAGUGCCGCACUCGCCUGUCUUGACCGGCAGGCUGGGACCUGA